CAGCUCUUUUUCCACAUUACGAUUCACGUUGAUCAUCACGCUUGCGCUGAGUGGUAACUUCUUGCCAUGCCGGUGGAUACGAAACGAUUGCGAGGGCCGGAGGAGUCGCAAAGCCCAUGGCUUUUUGUGGAACAAGAACAGCAGUCUCCGCCAGAUGAACGGGAAGACGGCAGGCGAAAGGGGCAAGUAGAUGUGCGGCCGAUAUUCGCUCGUUGUGGACUGGUUAGUCAAGCCAAGGGCUCGGCCUACAUCGAAUCAGGGAAGACAAAAGUGAUUUGUUCCGUAUAUGGCCCACGGGAGACCGAGAGGAAGGAUGAGACCGAUAUGAAAUUUGGGAGGCUGGUUUGCACCUUCCGCUUCGCCCCCUUUUCCUGCGCGAAGAGAUGCGGCUGGAUCCAGAGUACGCAGGAGAAGGAUCUGAGCCUGGCCCUGCUGGGGAGCCUGCAGCCUGGGCUCUGCCUGCACAGGUACCCGCGUUCCCAGAUCGAUGUCAGUGUUCUCGUUUUGGAGAACGAUGGCUCGGCUUUGGCUCACGCAGUCACUUGCGCGUCGCUCGCGCUGGCCGACGCAGGGAUCGAGAUGUACGACCUGGUGCUUGGCUGUUCGCUUCGACAAGAAGGCAGCGACUAUUUACUCGACCCAACAUUCGCCGAAGAAACGCAGGAGCCGGCUACCGAAUCUACCGAGAACCGAGGAGGUAUGAUGGUCGCGCUUCUGCCAUCAUUAAAUCAGGUUUCUGGAUUACUGUGCAGUGGGGACUUGGAGCAGCAGCCCCUCGUGGAGGCGGUGGCUGCGUGCAUUGAAGGAUGCCAGCGCAUCUACUCCGUGGCUCAGAGGUGCCUGCUGACAGCUGUCAAAAAGAAGAAUCCACCACCUGACGGAUGAAAUCGACGGAUCCAUUAUUGUGCUUUGGCAAACCAAGAACUCGCAAUUAAAUACCGACGGCAUCUGGAAGCAAAACAAUUCAUUCGGCAACCCAGAAAAUGUAAAGUCCUAGCAGCGCACGUGUCUCUCUUCUGUUUUCGGGUUUGUUUUAUGAUACAAAUGGUUUUGAAUAUGUUUUGUUGUCUCUUAUUAUAUUAAACUGUUAAUUUGGAGGACUUAACCAUUUCAUUAUGUAUGUGCCGUAAAAGUCGGUAUGUCAAACAUGCAGGUUAAAGUUUUAAUGAGGAUUCUGGGUCCAGAUUCCUUGUACAUUACUGCUAAAUGUGUGCAGAAUCCGUAACGUGAGCGAAAAAACAAAAACUGAAGGCCACUAGAUGCUACUGGUCGCAUCUAUGCAGGAUGCUUGUUUUUAAGCGAAUAAUGUAUAACAGUUUUUCUAAAAUGGGACUUUCAUUUUUACAAAACAAUGCUAUUGUUUUAUAAAGUGCUACAUUUUCUGUGAAACAGCUUGAUAAUAAUAAACACAUAUUGCAAACGUAAGCAUGUGGAGCUUUUAA